AUGCAUUACGAUUGUGCAAUUUUUCUCUCCACAGCCCAACGAAUAACGCCUGAAUGCGAUCAGAUGCAGAACACAAACCCAGAUGUCAUGGGAAUGCCCAUCCUCUACGUUAAUUUCAAUCGUAAGGUAAGGUUGGAAGGACAAGAACAUGCUCAGAUGCUCUGCCAUGGCCGUGGGUGUCUGAGCCCCCCUAUGGAUUCACAAAAUUUAUCAGCAUCCUCGUCGUCGUGA